AUGGACUCUUUGGCAGGAUAUACGUCAGACGAAGAGCCAGAAACCGAAGAAACCCAAUACCCUCUGGAACAGGAACAGGAACUUCCAGCAUUCGAUAACUUCGUCCUGUACUCCGAGAACUAUUCCAUGAAGCGCAAGAACCUCUUUUCAUCUUUCGUGUAUCUUCCCUGGAAACCAGAGAUACGAACCAGGAAGUUGGUCCAGCAAUGGUACGAUGAAACGAUGCAAAAACUAUAUAAGGAGAUUCCUGGCUUGAAAGGCAGGUAUAACUUCUAUUCGACCAUGCAGAAUAAAGUCGAGUUGUUUGGACGGUUUGGCCUUACACAGAAGUCACAAGUGAACAUUCCACAUGUUACGUUGUUUCCAAACAUAUACGGUGACGCUCCCACAUUGAAGCAGCUUGGUAAGCUUCUACGGAAAGAAUUGAGAAAUGUCGAGCCUCCUAGUCAAUUGGUAGCUUCGCUGAACCUGUCGGUUGAUGCUAUAUUGAGUAAUCCAAAGAAGAAGAUAUCUCUUCGGCUAGAAGCAGAGCCCUUGACUUUUCUUAGCUCAAGAACAGAUAACGUUUUUAUAGUCGUUAAGGUCGUCAGUGACGUUGAUGGCCAGCCGCUGCCGGAAAAGGUAUACCUACGAAGCUUGAUGCGGACCAUUCAGGAACAGGUUGAGUCUCUAGGGCUUGAAUAUUCCUGGGCGACGUUGGGCGAUAACGUGGCGUACCAUGAAGACGGCUUACCUGAAAUGGUAUAUCAUGCAACGAUAGCUAUGGGCGAGUUGAAGGUUUUUGAUAAAGCCAUGGAUUCUGCGGAUUUGAAGGCGGUAAAGAAAGUGAUCAGUUCUAGCAGUUUCAACGGGAGACUAACGUUUGAAGCCGAUACUAUCGUGAACCGUUCUAACGCUAAGAUUCUUAACGAGUACACUAUCUGGCAGAAUAACAGUUAA